AUGGCGUCAUUUGCGGCAAAACUUGUGGCGAAGAAGCUCUUCCAGGAGACUUCGGCCAACAAGCAGGGCAAAGAGGAUCCUUUCUUUGAGACCAUCCCCGCAACACGGUUGGGAGGCAUGUACAAGACGACCAAGAAGAGGCGCAGAGCGCUUCCUCCAGGCCUGACUCCUGAGGAGGAAAAGAUUCUCACAAAGGCAAAGAGACGAGCAUAUCGGGUCGACUUGUCCCUUGGCAGCUUUUUCGGAACACGAUUUGGUUGGGGCGCAGUCAUUGGCUUGAUUCCUGCCAUAGGUGACUUCGUCGAUUUGCUGCUAGCCUUCAUGGUCUAUCGCACCUGCUGCUCUGUCAAGCCUGAGUUGUCCACCAGUGUCAAAAUGAAAAUGAAGUUUAACAUGGCUAUCGACUUUGCCAUAGGCCUGAUACCAUUCGUUGGAGACAUCGCUGAUGCGGCGUACAAGUGCAAUACCAAGAACGUCGUCAUUUUGGAGGAGGAACUGCGCGAGCGUGGCAGAAAACGCCUGAAGGGUACACCGCAAGCCAAUGUCGCAGAUCCAAGUCUUCCAGAUGAAUUUGAUUAUCAGAACGAGGAACGCCUCGUUCAGCAGAACGGCCCGCCUCCAAAGUACGCUUCACAGCGCGAGUCUAGAAGAUCGCGCCGCGAUCGAGACCGGCGAGACAAUGGAGACUAUGAUGCCGAAGCUGCUGGGGCAGUUGCACCACCCAUGCCAGCAAGAACUCGCUGA